ACUUGGAGGGAUUUAAGUCGUCUCUUUUCCUUCCCCAGGCGUUGCUAAGUGGAGCACAGCUACUGCAACCGGACCCGCACACAGUCGACCCCGCCCGACCCAGUCAGUUUUAAAUCAAUUGUAAGGGAAGAGAGAAAAGGAAAUAAAAGAUGAGAACAUCUUCAAUGAAAUAUUGGCAGAGACGCCUAUUAGCAGGGGGAGGAAUAUGGAAAAGGCUUUAUUCAACCGAAUUCGCAGACGACGCCGGUCAGAGCUCGAAAGUGAAAAUCUUCGACCGCCAUCUCAAGCAGAAACAACGUGAUCGAGUAGCAUGGUUGAUGCAGCCAAAGGAUUCUUUGGUUGAUGCUGUGGCUGAAAAUUUGCUUGAUCGCUUGGAGGAUUGUAAAAGGACCUUUCCUACCACAUUGUGUAUGGGCGGAUCACUGGAAGCUGUUCGUCGUUUGUUAAGGGGACGUGGUGGUAUUGAAAAGCUAAUCAUGAUGGAUACAUCAAAUGACAUGGUAAAAUUAUGUAAAAAUGCUGAGAUGAGAAUGCCUAACGAAAAUAUAGAGACGUCAUAUGUUGUUGGAGAUGAAGAAUUUUUGCCCAUUAAAGAAAGUUCUCUGGAUCUGGUUAUUAGUUGCUUGGGACUCCACUGGACUAAUGAUCUUCCUGGAGCCAUGAUACAGGCUAGAUUGGCAUUGAAGCCUGAUGGCCUCUUUCUUGCAGCAAUCCUUGGUGGAGACACAUUAAAGGAGCUAAGAAUAGCAUGCACUGUAGCACAAAUGGAACGUGAAGGAGGCAUAAGUCCACGUUUAUCACCCUUGGCACAGGUGCGAGAUGCUGGUAAUCUUUUGACUAGAGCAGGCUUCAUGCUUCCUGGAGUUGAUGUUGAUGAAUACACUGUUAGAUAUAAAAAUCCUCUGGAGUUGAUAGAGCAUCUACGUGCAAUGGGCGAAUCAAAUGCUCUUAUACAUAGGGGCAAGAUUCUAAAUAGAGAAACAGCCCUUGCAACCGCAGCUGUUUAUGAAUCAAUGUUUGCAGCAGAAGAUGGAACUGUACCAGCAACAUUCCAGGUCAUAUAUAUGACUGGUUGGAGGGAGCACCCUUCACAACAGAAGGCUAAACAGAGGGGUUCGGCUACAAUAUCUUUCAAAGACAUCCAAAAGCAAUUUGGUCAGAGUGACGAAAGAUGACUCUCUCUCUCUCUCUCUCUCUCUCUCUCACACACACACACUCACGCACACGCACACGCACACCAUGGAUCCCAACUAUCCGGCCACGAAAGCAUUGGGAAAACUUGUGCAUAUGGAUAGAGCUCCAAUGGAUGUCCAUCUCGCUAAAUCUCUGGACCAUGAGAUGAGACAUGGAGCCUGGGGUGUUUGAAGAUUAUUGUUUGAACUGAGCUAGUCUGAUGGGAUUAAGGGGGAAAUAAGAAACUUUUUUGGAAUUAUUUGGCAAACAUGCUGUACUGAUUAAUUAGGACUUUGAUGAGAUUCUACUCAUGUCUACCGUUAAUGCGUGACAUUCUGCCAUAUCAUGCUUUUCUCAACCCUCAAUGACAUGCAUUUGUUGUACUAAUAUUCUAAUUUUGAGGUAUACUUUGGUUCACAAUGAGAAUAAGAUUUAUCAUUUAGA